AUGAAAAAUUUCUUAAGGUUUACAAUGGUGAUGAAGUUACAUCGAGUGGCCACAAAGAAAAUUAAGAAAGUUGGUGGAAGGAAGAAGAAGCAAGUGCUGAAGUUCAACAUUGAGUGCAAACAUCCAGUGGAGGACUCUAUUAUGAAUGUAUCAGACUUUGAGACUUUUUUGACUGAGCGUAUUAAAGUGAAUGGGAAAACUGGACAGUUAGCUGCAGCUGGCGUUCGGCUUGAGACUGCGAAAACCAAAAUUAUUGUUACUUCUGAGAUCCCGUUCUCUAAAAGGUAUUUGAAGUACUUGACAAAGAAAUAUUUGAAGAGGAACUCUCUUCGUGAUUGGUUACGAGUUGUGGCGUCGUCAAAAGAUACUUACGAAUUAAGGUACUUCCAAAUCAAUGAAAAUGAUGAAGACGCUAGUGAUAACGAGUAA